AUGGCGUCAUGGAAGAUCUGGCUGGAUAAUGUGCAGUGUAACGGAGGAGAGAAGAGCAUUGAGCUGUGUAAAUCUCGGGGUUGGGGCAACAGUGACUGCACACACGAUGAGGACGCUGGAGUCGUCUGCAAGGACGAGAGGCUUCCUGGUUUUGUCGACUCCAACAUCAUUGAUGUGCAGAUGGAUGAGAACAAGGUGGAGAAGGUGCGUCUGCGUCCGGUGGUGCCCACCAAAAAGAUGCCCGUCACCGAGGGUGUGGUAGAGAUUAAGUACAGGAACGGCUGGGUCCAGAUCUGUGAUGUGGGAUGGACCUCCACAAACACUCGGGUCAUCUGUGGUAUGCUGGGGUUCCCUGACGAGAAAAGGGUCAACAAGAACUUCUACAAAAACCGUCUGCGAAAGAGAGCAGCAGAGAGCCAAGGUCAAAAGGUCAAAGCCAAGGUUCAUGUUUCUGCUGGUGCCAGGCUGCCACCCAAAGCUAAAGCUAGGGCUAAACCAUUCACCUCUGGGUUAAACAAAAGACUGAACACAGAGCGUCAGAAGAACCAGUACCACCUCCACUCUGUGGCAUGUGUUGGCACUGAGGUCCACCUGGCAGCCUGCCCCCUGGAGUUCAACAAGGGUAAUGCCACAGGUUCCUGUAAGGGCGGCAUGCCAGUCGUGGUCAGCUGUGUACCUGGACCACAGUAUGUACACAACAACGGACUGAAGAAGAAACUGAAAACCACGAGUACGGUGAGGCUGAAGGGUGGUGCCAAGCUGGGUGAGGGCAGAGUGGAGGUACUGAGGAACAAUGAGUGGGGCACGGUGUGUGACGACCGUUGGACCCUGCUGUCUGCCAGCGUAGUGUGUAGGGAGCUGGGCUUCGGAUCCGCCAAGGAGGCUCUGACUGGAGCUCGCAUGGGACAAGGGAUGGGUCCUAUCCACAUGAAUGAGGUCCUGUGUCUGGGGACGGAGAAGUCUAUGUGGAACUGCGGCUUUAAGAACAUAACCUCAGAGGACUGCCAACAUGUAGAAGACGCCGCUGUGAGGUGCAACACGCCAUACAUGGCUCUGGAGAACUCGAUCCGCCUGACAGGGGGCCGUACGCGGUAUGAGGGGCGGGUGGAGGUGCUGAGCACAGAGGCUAACGGGACCAGGAGCUGGGGGCUGAUCUGUGGAGGGGCCUGGGGCACCAAGGAGGCCAUGGUGGCCUGCAGACAGCUGGGGCUAGGCUACGCUAACCACGGCCUGCAAGAAACAUGGUACUGGGACAGUAGUAACGUGACAGAGAUGGUGAUGAGUGGAGUGAAAUGUACAGGAAACGAGAUGUCUCUGAGCCACUGCCAGCAUCACAGGACUGUCAGCUGUCAGAAGACUGCUGCCAAGUUCUCUGCUGGGGUCAUCUGCUCAGAGACUGCGUCUGACCUGGUCCUGAAUGCUCCCCUGGUCCAGCAGUCUGUGUACAUUGAGGACCGCCCGCUCCACAUGUUGUACUGCGCAGCGGAGGAGAACUGUCUGUCUAAGUCUGCUGCUAGUGCUAACUGGCCCUACGGACACCGCCGCCUGCUACGGUUCUCCUCUCAGAUCCACAACAUCGGACGGGCCGACUUCAGGCCCAAGGCCGGUCGCCACUCCUGGGUCUGGCACGCCUGUCACGGCCACUACCACAGCAUGGACAUCUUCACCCACUAUGACCUGCUGUCGUCCAAUGGGACCAAGGUGGCUGAGGGACACAAGGCCUCCUUCUGUCUGGAGGACACGGAGUGUCAUGAAGGUAUCUCUAAGAGGUAUGAGUGUGCUAACUUCGGAGAGCAGGGCAUCACCGUGGGGUGUUGGGACCUGUAUCGCCAUGACAUCGACUGCCAGUGGAUCGACAUCACCGACAUCAAACCAGGAAACUACAUCUUACAGAUUGUGAUCAAUCCAAACUUUGAAGUGGCAGAGAGUGACUUCACCAACAACGCCAUGAAAUGCAACUGCAAAUACGACGGCCACCGGAUCUGGCUUCACAACUGCCAUAUGGGUGAUGCCUUCAGUGAGGAGGCAGAGAGGAGGUUUGAGAAGUACCCAGGGCAGUUCAACAAUCAGAUCUCAUAAUCCUCCUAGCAACACACCAAGCUGUUCCAGACCCAUGUACCAACCAAAGAGGAGGGCUGAUGCCUUUCAUCAUGUUAAACAAUGGGACAACCAAUCACCCUUCGUCACCUAUCAGAACCAACCAUUCAUCAUCAGAUCACAAAGCAACCAACCAAUCACACGCCUAAAUUCCACAAGGCAGCAGUCUGAUCUGAAGGAUCCAUGCCAAAGUCAUGUUGUAUUGUGAAUGUGUUGGUGUGUGUCUCAGUUAGGAUUAUUAUUAUAUUAUACUGGAAUACUCAGUGCUUUGUUUUCAAAAACAAGCUUACUUUAGAUGUUUUGUUCAAAUGUGAGUAUAUUAUGUUACAUUGCGUGACAGAAGAACAAUUCAUAAGCUUUCAUACAACAAGUCUUAAUGUAUGAUUUAUUGAUAUGCAACCUUUUUCAUUAAUGUUUUGUUCAAGUUA